UGAGGUAACGUAGUGCACAGCAAAGCGCGCCAAGGCAGGGCGGCGCGCUUACGCACUGGAGUAAAAAGUGGCGCAAAUGUGUAGGAAAACAUGGCCAAAGAAGAGGACGCGAUCCGAAAGUUCGUGGAGAGAGAACUGCACGGGUGCUCGGACCUCAGCACUCUUACUAUAGGCAUUCUUCGGAGGAGGUACCUGGAAAAGGUGGGGAGAGAGUCUCUCAGCGUCAAGGACAGAGAGCUGAUGAAGAAGAUUGUAGAGGAGGAACUUUUAAAGAUGCAGGAAAGCAGCGAUGAUGAGCCUCUUAUUAAGAGUGUGAAUGCUUCGAAGAACCAGAGCAAAAGGAAAAGGGAUGAGGAUGAUGGGGAUGAAGAGAAUAAAAUGGUGGUAAAGACAAAAAGAUCACGGCUGGAGGAGUCUUCUCCAGAUUCCCCUGACUCUGGAAUAGAGAAAGCUAUGAACGAGGGAGAACAAAAAGAGGAGGAAGAUAAAGACAGUGAGGAGGAGCAAGAGGAAAAGAGCGUUAGGAAGAAAACUCAGAAUAAGAGACAGAGCAAAGCAAAAGGGGACAGUGAGAAGAAAAAGAGACAGAAGAAAAAAGGGAAGGGGCAGGAAAGUGAUGAAGAUGAGGAGUUGGACGAUUCUGAUGAAGAGGAGGAGGAUGAGGAAAGGCUAAAGCAACCAGCGAAAGAAAAGAAAAAGGUUUCAGACAGCGAGGGGGAAAUCAGUGAUAAAGCGGCUUCCAGCGAUUCUGAGGAUGAAAAAGUAAAAAGCAAAGUGAAGACGCCAAGUAAAAGAAAAGAUGUCAGAAAAACGAAGCCAGUCGAGAGGGAUAUUGUGAAAGAAGUGGAGAGAGAGGUUUUUGGCAGCAGCUCUGAGAGUGAAGAGGAGAGUAACGAGAGAAAUGACAAGAAGAACUCUGAAAGUGACAGCAGUGAAGAGGAAAAAGAGAGAAAAGGGGAUGCUGCUAAUUCGUCCUCAAAAGACAAGGAGAAACACGAAGAGAAAGUACAGGACAAUCAGGAGGAGGCCGCAGAGGACUCUGACUCCUCAUCUCUCCCUUCACUGGAGGAGGACGACGAACAAGAGAAGGACAAGAAGGAGGGAAAGAAAAGCCCGAAAAAGAAGAAGAGCAGUAAGGAGAAGGAGAACACCAGCAGAGGAAAGGAUGAAGAAAAUAAGGCCGUGUCCAGGCUGAAGCGCUACAUCUCCCUCUGUGGUGUGAGACGGAACUACAAGAAGCUGUUAGAUGGCUGCCGAUCAGUGAAGGCCAAGGUGGCUGUGCUGAAAAAAGAGCUGGAGGAGCUGGGUGUGGAAGGUCAGCCCUCCAUAGAGAAAUGUAAAAAAGCUCGACUAAAGAGAGAAGAAGCACAGGAACUGGCUGAGCUGGAUGCCAGCAACAUCAUCACCACUCAGGGACGUCCCAGAAGGAGAGCAGCUGCAGCAGCCUGGCCCCCCGCCUCCGCCUCCGCCUCCGCCUAUAAGCGUGUUGUGGACUCAGACUCUGACAGUGGAGGGAGCCACACGAACACGGGACGCAGGAGAGGAGCGGCCUGGGCCAACCUGCAGGGAAUCAUCAGUGACGACGGAGAGAGCGACUAGACGGCAAGUGCCUUUCCCCGCGACCUGUUUCAUCGUGAUACAGUGCUUUCUUCAAGCUCACACAAGUUCAAACAAGCAAACCUGCUCCAAUGAAUCGAUCCGUAAUUAGUAAAAAACACAUCCCGUUAUUGUAGGAUGGGUCGGAUUUCUUUAUAAGUUCCUUCUCUUUUUGUGUGUUUUACAAUUGUUAGUUUGUACUUCUAUUUAAGUGUCUCAAAUGUGUAUAAUGUGGUUUCUGUAGUUUUGAAAAUAAAAUAAUGUAUAUUAAA